CUGAAAAGAUUCCAGUGUUUAAAUUCCCAGGAGGCUGAACAUACAUCCUAACCCUCUGGCAGAUAAAUGACUCCUCUAUGGACCUCUCAGCCACCGAGGCAGAUAUGGUCCAACAGAAGGUGCAAGCAAUUCUCCGUGGCCUUGACGGUGAACAUUCAGGACUGCAUUCUGACCCAGGAAUGCUGAGGUGGACCUUACACAAGAGCUUGGAUCGGAACCCGGCCAUUGGGAAUAUUAUGGUGGGAGUUCUCAUUAAGGAGCUGGAGAAGGCAGAACUAGGAGACAAUCUGCAUUAUAUUAUACCUUUACUCCACACAUUGAUGCAUGUCAUCACAAAGGCUGCAUAUAUUUCCAAUGAACUGUAUGAACGGGUUUACGUCUUCUGCAAAAAGAUAUUGACUCUUCCCAAACCAUACUGUACGAUUGGACUAGACUAUGCACAAAAGCUAAAGACUGAGAAGAAAGUACCAGGUUUUUCAUAUCAAAAAAUGGUAGUUUCCGAACAAAACCUCAAGAGGGACAUCACUCAACAACAGGGAAAGGUGCUGUUGUUCUUAGACCCUGGGCUGGUUUCAGAGGCUGUGUGUAAUACACUCCUCCGAGAGACACAAGCAGGUCAGAUGUCCCACACUCCCACAGCCUGCAUGAUCUAUGUCAUCACCAACUGCAUUCAGGCCGCACUGGGCAAAGACUGUGACAUAACCCUGCUGCAACGGGUGCUUAAGGAUCAACCCACAGAAGAGGUGGAAUUGAGGUUUCAGGAAAUCCUGUCUGUGGUGGAGCACAGCGAGCAGGUCAUAGGCAGCAGGCAGAGGCACAGUGACAGGAUAAGGGAGCUAUACAGCAAGAUAAUCAUCUCGGCAGAGGAAGGUGUGCCAAUGUCCAAACUUCAGAGAAUCCCUCUCCCCAGUCCAAACAUUAGUGUCCACCUGUGGACUGAUGACGAUCAACUAUGGAAAGAGCUGAUGCUGUUCACCAGGGAGACAGAGGCUGCAGAGGCAGAGGCUGAGUCCUUCAAAAUGCCAGAUCUGACCAUGGACACAGAAGGCAAUGAGCAGAACCGGAUCUCUGUGUGGUCUAAUGACAGUGGGAUAGAGAGAGACUUGCCCGGGGUGGAAGAGAAAGAACUGGCCAAGUUAUAUAGGAAACCCUGUAUUAAGAAGAGAGGUGCAGAAUUGGACUCCGCUGUUCUCCUUCAAAAUCUCACCAAGGCACCCAGGGGAAGCCGGACAGUGACACUACAGAGGCUUUCAGGGCAGAGCACGGAGCUCUCUACUGGUCCUGAUAAGCUGCCCACUCGAGUGGUCAUACUGGGAGAUGACAGAGCGCUGGGGAGGCUGGCUAAAGCAUAUUACUCUUUCAGGAAGAGAGAAGCCAGGAGGCCUCACCGAACCCUGAAAGCCAAUCUUCAAUUUUAUUGCAUCCCUGUCCAAGGGGAGCAGACAGAUACCUCAUCUGAUACUGAGAACUCUUCCAGCAUGAGCGAUACAUGUGAACUCAGCACGUACCUUGGUCAGGUAGACCCGUGGUAUGACAGGAACAUCAACACUCUCUGCAACAUGAUUGCAAAGCUUACCCUCAUGCCACCGUGUCUCACCAGAGACUCCAUGUCUGACCCUUUCAUCCUGGAUGUUACGUCCUACUACUUGCGCUUUGGAUUGCAGCCAGUGUACUUCCAGAUUUACAAUCUCAAGGUCCACUUCAGAGACAUGACUCUAGAGCCAGUUGAAGAUGUGUUCCUAACGGAGCUCAAAGUUGAGAUGCAAGAUUGCACAUUUACAAAACUGAACACCCUGAACAAAAAGAAGGCCGUGAUGGAUUUCCGUGGUGCAGGGAUCCAGGUGCAUUAUACAAAGGCGUUAGCCAGUAACCGUGAGAAAGAAGGAUCUCUUGUGCUGAGAACUUCAGGAGCCACAAUUAAAACAAUACCAAAUAAAGAGACAGAAGACCUGGUCUGUUUGAAUGUCUACAUUGACGAGAUGACAAAGUCUUCCUCUGGCCGCUCAGCAUCAUGCAAAGUGAAUGGUCUGAAAGCAUCCAGCAUCCAGAUGAGGAGCCUGGAACUUAGGACCUUGAGCCUACAGCUGGAUAAGGACAGCCGAAGGAUAUACACUAAUGUGUCCAGCUUUGAGGUAAGUCCAUGCCUGGAGCCUGGUUACAGCCUACAGAAGAUGCGGGCAUCACGUGCCCAUUGGGAAGGGAAAGAAGAUGGGGGACUGAGUAUAUAUAUGACAAAGUCUCUACUCUUGCCCAUUAACACAUUUGCAGGGAUCAUUCAGUGAUGCAAGACCACAUGAAGCUUGGGAACUUGUUCAAGUACUAACUAUAACUCACUAUUAUUACACAGGGGUUAAACACACAAUGUGUUUUUUGAAUAGCUACUGCAAACUUACACUGGAAACUCAAAAUUAAUAUAUGUUGAAGCUAAGAAACCUGUGGUGCCACUUGCUGGAAUUCUUCUGUACAUAGCCUGUAAUACAUUUUCUUCUUAAGAAGAGCUAAAUAAUUUCUUCUGUUUAUAAGUGAAAUAUUAGACAUAUUUAUUUAUUGAAACUGUUGUAAAAAUUAAAUUUUCCCGACGACUAAUUUGUGGAUGAUGCACGUUAUACUAACACAAAUUAUACAACGUGAUACUGGUUAAUAUUGUUCCCUGUUUUAUUUGCCAGUACAUUACAUGAUCUGAUUUCGGUAGACCUUGGAUAUUGAAAAGGCAUUUCAUCAGAUAUAAACA